AUGGAACUCCCACGUGAUGUGUUGAUGGAGAUACUUGCUAAAUUACCGGUGAAAUCGUUGAUUCGGUUUACGAGUGUAUGUAAGUAUUGGCGGUCUCUCAUAAAAUCCUCAGAAUUUGUAUCAAAACAUUAUGCUACUCGUUCAAAUCUUGGUUAUGAUUCUUUUUUGACCGAAUUUUCCCGUGCUUGUUGGUUUUCUGUUUUCUCUUACGAAAAUUUUACAUUUGAAACUGCAUUUAAGAUUAGACCUGCUGUCCUCUCGUAUAAACAACCCAAGUUGGGUAUUGAUCAUCGCGACGUAAUCAAAUAUAUCAAUAUUUCCGGCCCUUUGUUUAAGCUGCCCAGUUUAGCAGAUGAUCUUAUUCAUCAAAAUCUUGGUUUCGGGUUUGACUCCGAAACCAAUGAUUUCAAGGUUGUUUGUUUUUAUGGUACUAAACCCUGUCUUGGAGUUGGAGUUGGAGUUAACAUUAGGAAGGGGAUACUGAUAUACUCCCUUGCUGCUAAUUGCUGGAGGGAGCUCCAUGUCGAAACAAUGAACACAGUAUGGGUUUCUCAUAAUAAUGUUUUCUCUAAAGGUCGUAUGUGCCAUUGGAUAUGUCGCACAUUUCUUCUCUCUUUUGACAUGGUUGAUGAGGUUUUUUUGCAGACCAGUCUGCCUUAUUGUCCAAAUGGGUUUUUGGAUCGUGGCUCUGACUCUGAUAACAUGUAUCCUGCCGUUUAUAUUUUGGACAGCAGCUGGUUACAGCCUACAUCGACCAUAGACUUAUGGGUUUUACAAAAGUAUGGCCGUGCAGGGUAUUGGAGCAAACAACUAUCUGUCACAAUUCCUGAAUUCGUCUUGUUUACUCCAUCAAUGCUGCUGCGGAACAACAGGUUAAUUGUGUUUCACAACGGCAAAGACAAAGAGCUAAAAUGCUAUGAUUUGGUCCCACUACAACAAGUGAAAUCGCUCCCUCUUAUUCUAGACUAUCCUGUUCUUGCCUAUACCGAGAGUCUUGUUUCUGUACAACCAAGUCAUCAAAACAAUUCAUCAUCUGAUCAACAACAGGAGGUUAACAUGGAUUUAUUGCAGGAAGAGUGUAGGGGAUAUCUGGGAAGGGAAUAUCGUGACAAAGAAUUUGAACCUGAUGGAGAACUAAUACUAGAAAAUGAUGGUGAUGGUGAUGCUUCGUCCGUUGACAGCGCUUUCAUGGAGCCUGCAGGACCACCAUUUAUAGACAAUCCCGUCGAUUACGAUGAUUAUGAGACAAAAAAAAAUUCAAGCUUAUAG